GGUAUUCCAGAAACUUAAAACUUCACCACCUGGGCAUGAAUAAUAAAUCUUCAAAUAAUCCCAGUACGACACCGCCGUUUCUCGCCUGAAGCUACCUAGGACGGACCACUUCCUCCAUCCACUUUGACAAAUCCCAAACCAACAGUCUCAAGGUUCUUAUGCUCACCUCACCUCAUUCGGCACAAAAGUAUUCGAAAAAAUACAAUAGAGUCACUUCAAAUAGACCAAAUGUCUAGCUAAUAACUGAACAACAACCUACCAUGUCAGCAUCUACUUCCCCACAUGUUAAAAGUUCGGAUUCGCCAUCUCCAAAAUCUCCUCUUUCACCCAACACUUCUGCGCCGUCGAAUGCAGAUUAUUUUACUUCUCCAAAGCUUAGAUCUAUCACCGAACAUGUCCAGUAUGAUCAUCCACCUAGCCAGCGGCUAAACUCAAUGUCAAGCAUAUCUUUCAGAGGAAGUUCGAAAGGACGGCGUCCCUUAAAAGAAGGAAAUGCUAAAGGGAAGCCUCUGACCCGUCCUCGCCUCAGAGGCUCAAGUCCGCCUCCUCCACCGUAAGUCCUUUGUCAGACUCCCUAUACUUUGUGGAAAAUGAUUUGGUACGCCUUAAGGCGAGAAGUAGAUGGUACCAUCAAAUUAGUACUUUGUGACAUCUCAAGCUCUCCUUCCCGGAUCCUGGCGGCCGAAACCUGGGGCCGGGUGAUCAACCCCACUUGGCUUCUACAUCGCGGAAAGAAAACUCUCAAUGGUUGAUUAAGAGCAUUCUUACAUUACUACCUUAUUAUUUCUUUGCAUUCUUUGGAUCUAACGCUAAUGGCUCCUUUAAAUAGAAAAUUUCAAGGAAAAGUCUCCUUUGACAGCAUUGGAUCAUUAUCGGAGCCCACAGAGAGGAACACUAGAAGCUACACACAAAACUCCAAACACGAGGGAUAUCAGUACAAGCGAUCCUCAAGGACUUUUAUGGUCGGCAUAGAUGAAAACUCGUAUUCGGAUAUUGCUUUACAGUGGAUGCUGGAGGAGCUCGUUGAUGAUGGGGACCAAAUUAUCUGUUUGAGGGUUGUUGAUAAAGACUCGAAAAUGAUCACUGACAGGGCCCUGGAGAUCAAGCAAUAUCAGCAGGAGGCAAGAGAGCUACUGGAUGCUAUACAGAAAAAGAAUGAUGAUAAUAGAGCUGUUAGUAUUGUACUGGAGUAUGCCAUAGGAAAAGUCCAUACCACAUUCCAGAAAAUGGUAUGUUUGUACUAUUCAAUCGUUCGCGAAAGCUUGAUGGCCACUUGCUAACAAUCUUCCGGUCCAGAUUCAAAUUUACGAACCUGCAAUGCUUAUCGUCGGAACUCGAGGCCGAAGUCUCGGUGGUUUUCAGGGGUUGGUAGGAAAUAGAAAUUCAUUCUCGAAAUGGUGCUUGCAGUAUUCGCCUAUACCUGUUGUUGUCGUAAGACCUACGGAGAAGAGGUUAAAGAAGAAACAAAAAAGAGAUGCCGAUCCUGGACGUCAAAGUUACAGUCGUAUUUUACUAGAGAGUGGAGUAAAUGGCCAUGAAACAUCAAUCGUUGCAAGCAAUCUCGAGAGCGCGACAGGCCCUCUUAUUGAGGCGCACGCGGUAGCAGCGGCUCUCGGUUUACCGGCGGAGUUCGAUCCUACAUUGACGCCAUUUACUCUUGAGGGUAGUCGACCCCUCAAAAAAAUAGAUUCCGGCAAAAGCGAAGCAACAAGCUGUACCAGUGGAUUUGAUUCUCGACCUCAAAGUCCAGAGAUGCUUGUGAAGAGUCCCAGUUCUGCACAGCUUGAUAGUCCUAUCAUGAGCGGUGAUGAUUACAGUGAUGGAGAAGGGGACGAUGAUGAAGGAGAAUUCGAGGCUGUACCGGGACACAUGCUACUUGGUAACGAUAAUAUAGCUCAGCCAAACCCGGAAAUCGAAAAGAAGAAGAAGCUUCAUGAGAUGGAGCUCGAAGAAGCUAAAGCUCUAGGUAGAAAAUCAUCUACUGCCUCUACUGAGAGCGUUGAUCCGGAGGGUGGAGGAGAGAGUAGUUGACUAGCCGGCCCGGGCGAAACUUUAUACGGAACAUCCAAUGGCGAAUACCACUCUUACGAGAAUGCUCUGUUAUUAAUACCUUCCUUCAUUUAGCUCAUUUAUUUUGCUAUUUUGGAAUGCCUGCACCCGGGCCAGGCUUAUAUGGAG